AUGAAGUUUGUGGCUUUGGUAUCGGGGGGCAAGGACUCAUUUUUCAACAUCCUACAUUGUCUUAAGCAAGGGCACGAAUUAAUUGCUUUGGGGAAUUUAUAUCCAUCAGAAAAUGAGCAAGAGAUUGAUAGUUUUAUGUUUCAAACGGUAGGAUUUGAUAUCGUAUCAUACUAUUCAUCGUGUAUCAGUAAAACUAUAGCUAUUCAUAGAUGGCCUAUAGUGAAGAAUACGUCGAAGAAUGUUAAAUUGAACUACACGCAAACUCAAGACGAUGAAAUUGAACAGCUAUUUGAAUUUUUAAAGAAUCUUCAAUUUAAGUAUCCUGAAUUGGAAGCUGUGAGCGUAGGGGCAAUUUUAUCAUCAUAUCAGCGUAAUAGAGUGGAAAACGUUUGUAAUAGACUAGGUUUAAGUGUGUUGAGUUACUUGUGGCAACGAAAUCAACUGGAGUUGAUGACAGAAAUGGCUUUCAUGUCCAAAAGUGGUGAUGAAACAGGAAGACUUGAUGCCAGGAUAAUUAAAGUUGCCGCAGAAGGCCUAAAUGAGUCGCAUCUUGGAAAGUCAUUGCCCGAAAUUUUGCCCAUAAUGAUUAGACUCAAUCAGAUGUAUGAUGUGCAUAUUUGUGGUGAAGGCGGUGAAUUUGAAACUAUGGUCCUCGACGCCCCAUUUUUUGAUAGAGGUUAUUUAAAACUAAAAAGUACUGAAAGUUAUGACAAUGGCAAUAAUAAUGACGGUGUUUUCAAUGCUAGAUUGAAUGUAGAAUUUGUAGAAAGGUCACUUCCAGAUGGUUUUCUUCAAAAUCAGUUGGAUAAAAUCCCACAGCCACCUUUAUUAAGUGAAAAAUGGCAUGAAUUGAUAAACAGGCUAGGAGAUGCUGAACUCUUACCAGGAAUGAAAUCGAUCUCAUAUUUCAAUGACUUUUACAUGACUUAUUCUGUAGUUAAAGUGGAUAAUUUACUUUAUGUUUCAAAUCUAAGACCAAAUAAAAACUUCGAAACGGUCGAGUCUCAAGCAACUGAUAUUUUUGAACAAUUAUUCAUGGUAUUGAAUGAAUACAAGUUAAGUCAGUCACAAAUUCUAAGCUCAUCUCUUAUUUUAUCAAAUAUGUCGAAUUUUGGUACGGUGAACAAAAUCUACAAUGAAUUCUUUAAUAUUUCAAAAUGGGGUCCUUUGCCGCCUUCAAGAUCAUGUGUUGGUUCUAAUCUCCUCGGUGACAAUGUACAAUUGCAGCUAUCUGUUGUCAUAGAUAUAAAUUGUGAACUUGCGCAGCAUGAUCAAAACAUCCAGAUUAAUCAUAAAAAAGAUGGAUUACAUGUACAGGGAAGAUCAUAUUGGGCACCUUGUAAUAUUGGCCCGUACUCGCAAGCAAUUUGGUAUAAGAAGGAUCAAAAUCAAGUUAGCUACAUUAGUGGCCAAAUAGCCUUAAUACCUCAAUCAAUGGAAAUGGUCGGUAGAGAAGAACCAAUUUUACAGAGUGCUUUGUCUUUGCGCCAUUUUGAUACCUUAAAACAAGCUAUAAAUGCUACAGAACAACUUUUCAUGACAUGUUACAUUACUGAUAUGAAAUUGGUCGAUAUAGUGCGUAAUAUGUGGAUUCUAUACGCCAAGAAGAUGAGUGAAGAAUCAGAACUUUGGUUCGAAAAAACGGACGAUCCAGUUUCAUUAUUAGUUAUUGUUAAAGUUUCACAAUUACCAAGAGAUGCGUUAUGUGAAUGGGGUGGUAUAACUUGUAAAAAAUCAAUAGUUUCAAAUGAAUACGAAGACUAUGAAAAUGAUGAAGAGGACAAAAUUGAUACUGAUACUAGGGAAACUGAAGUUCUAUUAAACUCACUCCUCGAGCAAUUUACUUUGAAGCAUGAUGCUAUUGUCUCUAAUAAAACCAAGAAAAGACAUUUUACUACUGUUUUCACAAAUUCUGCGGUAGAUCUUCAAGAAGUUCUAGAAAAGAUCAAAGGAAAGGGUCACAUAACUUUAUACUUUACUCCAUCUGGUGAUAACAAGUUAUAUGAAUCUUUUGAAUCCUAUAGAGAAAGUAUUGAGUUCUAUCCAGUAGAACAGGUGUUUGAUUACACCGGCGAGAGUUACUCUUUCGCAUUGCAGUUGAAACUGUAG